AUGAACACUCAAAUCAACGAAAUUAUUUCACGGUAUUGCGAUCAUUCUCCUAUAACGCCCGCGAUCGCUGAGGAAUACCGAGACCUCGACCUCAUCUACACCCUCAUUCAGCACAUUCCUCAAAUCCCCUUCAAGGUUCCAGAUCUCUUAAAGUACAUAGAACCAAAUCACGAACAUGAAUCAGCAUCUCAAGAAGGCGAGCGAAAGCAAAAGCGUCCUCCGAACUGUUACUUCAUCUUUAUGCUCGUUUUUAAAGAAUUGCUCAACAGACUGGUAACGGGCGGGAACCAUAAUCUUGACGGGAAAAGGAGGCAAACGUUAGGAGCGAAUUUUUGGAACUGUCUCAAAAAAGAGUACCAAGAACCUUACAAAAAUGUUGCUGCAAUCGCAGGAAAAGGGUUCCCUCGAAUGACGUACGGACGAAAACGCCGAAAUGGACGAACCAAGUUUAAGCCCACAAGUAAUCCAUCCAUUCCGUUAACAGGCAGCAGCACAAACUCACCGUUUGCAUUAGUUAACAAUAACGUGAUCCCAAUUCCACCAGUCGACAAUAGCAGCGUAAACUCGGCUUUUCUACCGACCAGCGACGUGGGCACAUCGUCUCUGGCACUCGAGAGCGGCCAUAUUAUAUCGCAGGCUCACUUUGACCAAUUGCCAGUCGUUGACGAUUUGGUAUACGUUUUAGAGUUGUCAGCAAUCGGGGAUAUGGAACCUGGAAUACAUAUGCAGUUUGAAGAUUCGCCCGCGGAAGCAUCACAAGUGUCAAUAAAUAACGGGUUUCCUCCAGGGGAAACGUCAAUAGUCGGUUAUAAUGGUGUGGUUGACUCAAUCAACGCACCAUAUGGCGUAAUUCCAUAUUUCUUCGAUGACUACAGUCCUGAGAUAUAA